CGUUCGCGAGUCGCGUCCGCCUAGCUGAUAACGAUCCACCGCGCGCUUCCCAGUGCCCAGUUCCCAGUUCCACGAACUCAACGGGAGACGGAGUCCCAGUCCCAGACAUCCAUUAGCUGCAGCACCUAAAUCAUGUUCGCAGUGGCCUUGACGAUGGCGGCCUUGGUGUUGGCCGGCCAGCAGGAGGUCUGCCGGGCGCAGGUGUCCAUCCACACGGACGCCAACACGAACUCGUACAGCCUGAAGACUCCCGGACUGCAGCAGACCUUCACCCGGUACUACGGAGGAGCGGCCAAGACGCCGCCGCAGGUGGAGCAGCCGCAGCAGCAGCAGCCGGAGCAGGAACAGGUGCAAAAUCCCGCCCAAUUCGGUGGAUUCUCGCCAUCGGGACAACAGUAUCCGGCCGUAUACUCGCAGUCCGGACUCCGGGGCGGUGGCAAGCUCAAGGCCACGCCCGUCUCCCUGCUGCAGCAGCAGCAACAGCAGCUCCUGGCGCAGCAGCAGCAACUCCUGGCCGCCUCGUCGCCGCAGGCAGCUGGACCGGGAUUAGGGGCGGGCGUCGCAGGAGGCGUGGUCAACAUGCCCAGCUACGCGGACCAGAUGCACGCCGCCUUCCUGGACUACCAGCGCCAGCGGGCGGAGUUCGAGCAGCAGCAGCAGCACCUGCUCCAGAAGCUCUACCACUACUAUCCCGAUGUUUCCGGAGCGCAGAUCCAGCCGCAGGCGCAGCCCCAGUCGCAGUCCCAGCCGCCCGCCGACGGCGGAGCAGUGGGCGUGGCACCGCAGACCGCGGGCGGCCGCUUCGUCUACCGCCGGCCGCAGUUCAGCAGCAACGGCCUGCAGCCCCAGAGCCUGGGCUCCGGCUCCGUUCUGCCCGGCGGUCCAGGCGGUCCAGGCGGCUCGGGAGUCGCAGGCUCAGGACCCCUGCGCACCGCGGGCGGCGGCGCCGGCGCCGGCGACUUCUACUCCACGCAGCAGCACCUGGGCUUCAUGCAGCAGCAGCAGCAGGACGUGCUCCGCGACCAGCAGCAGUCGGUGGCCCAGCAGUUCGCCACCAGCCAGCUGGCGCCCACCACCCGCCAGAGCUACGGCAUGGCCGUGCCCAUGUCCUCCGUGCUGGGCUCCCCCUCGUACCAGCAGUCGCCGGACGUCUCCCACGUGAGCUUCUCGAGCGGCAACCUCAACUACAGCUUCUGAGAGGAUUCGGACUUCCGUAGCUAGUAUUUCCAUAUAUUUCGAGCACCUAAGUUUUUUUUUUUUCAUAUUUUUUUUGCGUAAAUUUUCGUAGUAAUUGAUAAGAGGAAUUGUGUAGGGCAAGCAAGAAUAAAUUCUGUGAGUGAUGAUA